AGGAUUCCACUUGACACUGAAUCCGUAGAACUCAAUUCAAGCCUUUCGUGGGUAAAUUUUACCGUUUUAUUUGUACAGAAAUAUCCGGAAACACAUGUCGCUCCUUGCGGGCGGGAGCAAUCCUGUUCGCUCCUGGAGAUAUGCUGAAACAGGGACAGAAUCCGUUGUAUUUACAGGACCAGAUGCUUCAAGAGAUUACAGAUCAAAACUCCCUGACUUCCCACACUAUAUUGGUGAGAACAGGCACAUCUCUGCUGAAAGUACUGGUGACCUAAACUACUUGUAUCGUUCUGCACGUUAUGAUUCAUAUCAAAAACGCAAGGACUGCUAUGUAGGAGAGAUUGGCUGGGGCCUGUGUUUCGGCCCAAAACUAAACAGAUCUAAUCUCUUAAGUGGAAUGCAAAUCAAGCUUGGAGAAUUCCGAGAGCGUGCUGAAGACAAAGUGACUCAUCGGUAUCAAAAUCCAUGGCAACCUCCUCCUGCUGUACUUAAUCACCUACGAGAUGGCAGAGCCUUCCUAGCAUGGCCCCUUAAAAGAGUUAGAGAAGGCAGGGAGUCUGCAUGGUGGAAAAUGACCACAGUCAGCCCCAUUCACAAUACCGACUCAUCUACAUCCAACGAAAUGCUGGAUUGUGAGCCACUACCACCCUGUGAAGAGGGAGCUGCCAUUCCAUUCAUCUCCAAUGAACACAUCGUUGAAAGCCCUUAGUUCAGAUUGUUAUGGAUUUCCCUUUGAAUUUCUCAUCUCACUUUAUUCCACGUUGAUCACUGAAAAUCUAACUGAAUACAAGAUGCAGCAUGCUCAAUACCUCAAUCAGGUGCAGACUUCCAAAUCAUCUGCAGUUAGUUGAA